AGCCGCAAACAUCGAAGUGCUCGCCAGGGUGGUUUUCUCCCUCCUUCUUCUCCUUCUUAUUGCGUUACAUGUAUGUAUCGUUUUCACGGUGGUGCGGUGUUUUAUAUGAUAACGUACCAGUGGUGUUGUCUCCUUGUCCAGUUUGACGAUAAAUAAUAAUAAUAACAACUGGUACUUUGGUCGUGUGGAACGAAUUUAAGGUGGUGGACGGCGAGCGAGGGGUUGAAAAACCACCCCCGGGUGGCCCGCGAGUGAUGGGCAGUCGGUGACAACUGCUCGUCCGGGGCCCCGUUGCGGUGGCGGUGGUACAACACACCACGUGUAUCUGACGUUUGUCGCAAGCUCGCAAGUUUAUAUAUAUAUAGAUGCACACGUGCGCUAGUGACAGCCGAGGCCCGUUGACUGUUGCCGCCGAUGCCCACUCGCUCUUACCUGCCGAUCGGCUGUCAUCGUCGUCGUCCGGGUACUGCGGCAACGUGGAAGAAAACCCGGACUGCGGUCCGGAGUCGUCGAGGGGGAAGCACACCCACCGAGCUAUGUACGACACGGCCAUGGAGUCCUGGAUGUACGAAGUGGUCUGUAUGAUGUCUGGUAGCGCCGCUGAGGGUAUGAUCGGCAACGGCAGGACGAUGCCCAACAUCAAGCAAGAAAUCGACAACCCGACGACCCCCGGCCAGAACUAUCAGGUCUGUUCCCCAACCACGACAUUGCAACAGCAAGAGUCGUUGUGCAGCAAAAUGGACAUGCAUGAGUACGGGGGCAGCGGAGGCAGUCCCGGCAGUCCAGAGAUGCACCACUGUUCCUCGACGACGCAACCACUUGGCACACCCGAGGACGGGGUUAAGGAAGAGGACACGGGCCCAAGGAGAAUGUGCCUGGUUUGCGGCGACACGGCGAGCGGCUUUCACUACGGGGUCGCCUCUUGCGAGGCUUGCAAGGCUUUCUUCAAGAGAACGAUACAAGCCAGCAACUUCACAGGCAACAUCGAGUACACGUGCCCGGCCAACGGGGAGUGCGAGAUCAACAAGCGGCGCAGAAAGGCCUGUCAGGCCUGCAGGUUCCAAAAGUGCCUCAGGCAGGGUAUGCUCAAGGAGGGGGUGCGGCUCGACCGGGUCAGGGGCGGCAGGCAAAAGUACCGCAGGAGCACCGAUCCCUACGUACCUGGCAAGACCAUUACCCUCGAAGCUAACGUAGGAUCGUCAGGCUACGCGGAAGCAACGAACAACAAGAUGGUGGAAGCGUUGGUUGCCUGCGAGCCGGACAUCCUACAGGUGUCCACAUCAUCCCACAGCCUGGACACCGAGCAGCGAGUGCUCAGCCAGCUGUCGGACCUCUACGACCGCGAACUCGUCGGGAUCAUCGGCUGGGCGAAACAGAUACCCGGCUUCAGCAGCCUACCGCUCAACGACCAGAUGCGACUGCUGCAGAGCACGUGGGCCGAGAUCUUGACCUUCGGCCUCGCCUGGAGAAGCAUACCCAACAACGGCAAGCUCAGGUUCGCCCAGGACCUUACGCUCGACGAGAGGCUAGCUCGCGAGUGCCACUGCCUGGAACUGUACACACACUGCAUGCAAAUCGUGGAGAGGCUGCAGCGACUGGGUCUAGCGCGCGAGGAGUUCUACAUGCUGAAGGCCCUCGUGUUGACGAACAGCGACGCGAAGCUGGACGAGCCGCACGCCCUGCACCGCUUCCGGGACAGUAUCCUCGGCUCGUUGUCGGAUUGCGUGAGCGCGGUGAGGCCGGGCCAGGCGCUGAGGGCCACCCAAAACAUGUUCCUAGUGCUGCCGGGGCUACGCCAGGCCGACGGUAUCGUGCGCAAGUUCUGGUCGGGGGUCUACCGCACCGGCAAGGUGCCCAUGAACAAGCUCCUCGUCGAGAUGCUCGAGGCCGCCAGUUACCGAUGAGGGGCACCACGGCUCUUCCGAUUCGAACGACUGAGAGCUGCGUCCGUGCUGCUGGUGGUGGUGGUGGUGAUGAUAGUGGUGGUUGGAGGUGAGCUUGGACGCUGUUGCGAGGGAUGUGGUAUGCGAGAUUCGCGCUUAGCUCAUACGACGCAUACCGCGGGGGAGCAAGAUGCCUUGAAUAAUGCGAA